AUGUCUUUGAAGGACCCCAACGGCGAGAGGUUUGAGUCGGAGAGGCAGUUGAGCAGCGAAGGCUCACUAUACAAAGAUGACACUGUAGUUAGAAGAAUAUCGCGGGAGUAUUUGAAACCAAAUAUUGGACUGGUGCUGCUGGUGGUUUCGUACUUCUUCAAUUCUGGUAUGGUUGUUGCCACGAAAGUGCUAGAGACAGAUCAUGAAGGUGUGGAAGAUAGAGAGCCGAUAAAGCCUCUUCAAAUCUUGCUAGUGCGGAUGUCGAUCACUUAUGUGGGCACUCUACUCUACAUGUUAAAGAAUCGCAAGACUAUUGAGAAUGUACCGUUUGGCCCACCAGAAGUACGCAAAUGGUUGAUAUUGAGAGGACUUAUGGGAUUUCUUGGAGUUUUCGGGCUUUAUUCCUCAUUGGUAUACCUCAGUAUCAGCGAUGCAAUCCUAAUAACGUUUCUAACACCAACAGUAACUGUAAUUCUAGCUUGGAUCGUACUACGAGAAAGGUUUACAGUGAUUGAAGCCGUGGGAUCGUUACUAUCAUUCGGGGGAGUGAUUCUAAUCGUACGUCCCAGCUUCCUAUUCGGAACAGCUACAACUUCUACAGACGCGGCAGAGUCUGAAAAUACCAGAGACCGUCUGAUAGCUACCAUAAUGUCUCUAGUCGGUGUAUUUGGAGCCAGUUCAGUCUACAUAAUCAUCCGUCACAUCGGCCAAAGAGCACAUGCGAUCCUCAGUGUAAGCUAUUUCUCACUGAUUGUAACAAUCAUCUCGAUCGCAGGAGUUGCUCUGGUGCCUUCAAUGCACAUUCAGAUGCCAAGCAAUACCAAGCAAUGGCUCCUUUUUGCCAACUUGGGUAUAUGCGGGUUCAUCUUCCAAUACCUGCUCACCAUGGGGAUCCAACGUGAGAGGGCAGGUCGGGGUUCAGUAAUGGCGUAUACACAACUGAUUUACGCGGUUUUUUGGGAUGUUGCGUUGUGGCACAAUUGGCCCAAGUUGUGGUCCUGGCUAGGCAUGCUAAUAAUAGUUGGGUCUACGCUCGCAGUAAUCAAGUUCAAGCCAAAGGAGUCCGCUUCUCCACCUGAUGAGGAGGAGAACUACGAGUUGGACGAGAUUUGA